GUUCCGAUCAAUCAAUUCCGUUGACAAAUUAUGUUCCAAUUUUCCUCAUAUUUACUCAUAAAAAAUACAUUAAACACCUUUCAAGUCCUUCCUUACCCUCUCAAUCAUUUACUCUACAAUAAUUCUCAGUACCCCCAAAAAUUAAUUAUAUUUACUUUGAAUGUGUAAAUAAGCAGAAGCUUUAUUUACUCUAAGCCCAGUAUUUACACUUUCAUUAUCCACUUUUUUACCAAAAGUAAAACGAUUUCAGUCUUUCUUAAAUUCUUACAUAACUAAUAUUAAAAACAAAAAGUAAAAAAUGAAAUUUACGUACAAUACAUUCAUAUCUGAGAUACAGUUGUACCGAAUUUUGUUAAAGUUUUUCAAAAUAUUGGGACUUGCGCCUUUCAACGUGCAUUUGAUACCUUCGGCACAGAAUAAAAAAGAGCAACAAUUCGAUAUCAAUUACACUUAUUCAUUCGAAGAGUCAGCCUAUGAUUUUAUACUAUCAGUUUGUUUGCUUUUUAAAAUAAUCUACGAUUUUGUACAUCAGCACUUCGAAAAUGCCUAUCAACAUUUGUAUCACAUAGUCAAUAAUUUCAGUCUGAUGAUGAUUAUCACAAGUUACUGCUUAAAGCAAAAAUUGUCAGCCAAAAUAAUUACCAACUUAACAUACUUGGAAAGCGAGCUGGCUUGUAAAUCCUGGGACUAUUCAUUUAAAAUAACGUCUGUCAAAAAAUACUGUAUUGCAAUAACAAUAUUUUUUACUAUUAAUUUUAUCGCAAUAAUUGUUUUUCACGCUUUGUGGAGCGCGAACCAAACUAUAGAAACAUAUGUUACACUAAGCUCAUUGUUCAUAACUGAAGUUUGUGUCAUUCAGUACGCAUCUGUGAUGAUUUUCCUGUACCAAAGAUUCAAAACUUUGAACUCAUCGCUUUUGGUCCUCGCGAACAACAACAAUGGAUUUAAUUAUCUCGGCUUAUGGACAAACAGCAUUCGUAACAACAUAACGAAUCAGAAAUUGAUUUUUCUACGGCAAGCUCAUAGAUUGCUUUACAAUUGUCUAUGUGACACCACUAAAUUUUACUCAGUUCCAAUACUCUUCGCUGUCUUAUCAAAUUUUCCUAUAUUACUUCUAUCAGUGGAAUCGUUGAUUAGAACGAAAUUUACUUCCGAAGAAUUAUUUAACAUGGGACUCCAUGUUGAUUUUGGCAUCGGUUUGCUGAUUGUUUUUUCGCUUGCACCGAUUUCUGUCCUCUGUUUCUUUGUCACUAAAAUUAUCACCGAAAUGAAACGUACGAAGGAUAAUGUUAGCAAAAUCAUAACUGUUCGUUCAAGUGACGGUUUAUUUAAAGAUGAGUUAGAAAAGUUUUAUAUUGAAUUACUACAUGCCAAUUACAAUAUCACGGCUUGUGGAUUCUUCAAAAUAGACAAUAGUCUAUUGAGUUUGAUUUUUACAGGAAUAAUAGUCUACUGCUUUACUGUACAACAAGCUCAUGAAAAAGAAAAUGAAGGAUUUCUUUUGAGUUCAUUCAUAUCAAUAAUUUGAGGAUUUGAGAAAAUCUUGGGUUUAUAUUGUUGUACUCAAAAAUUUUCGAAACUAUACUUAU